AUGGCUGCCCAUUCGGGAGGUACCGAUUGGGCUGCAAUUUUAAAACCGUUUGUUUCAUCGUCAAGUGAAAGUAUAGGCAAAAAUGAUAUGACCAAUUUGGUCAAAGCCAUCAUCCAAAAUGAAAAUGAAAUCCUCGAACAUGAUCCGGCUAGCAAGCAGUUUUUCGACAACUUUGUCGUGCUGGCAGCUGAAAAUAUCGCUAACCAGGUCACAUCGCUGUCACAAACAAAACUUCCCCAGUACACCGAAGCUUCAUCCGUAUUGAUCCGUUACGUAAUUCAACACCUGGAUUCGACGGCACCAUGCAAGCCCAGCAUUCUGCUGAUGGCGCUGAAGAUCCUUUGCGAAGGGAAAAAGACCGACGAAAACCAACCGGCAACCGGUGGUGGCGGUGCGGUCUCGUCCAUCAUAUCGGUGUCCGGUAUGAAGUACUUAAAGUAUCCUGAAAUCCCGACCAACAAACCCUCGUCGGUUAGUAGCGCAAGCGGCAGCAGUGGCAGCUCGGGUUCCGGCACUUCCGACAAGGACAGCCCCAAGGUGGAGAUGAAGCGGUCUCGUUCGGAUCUGUCGACAGUGAUCCUACAGCAGCUGACUACACCGUUGGGCAACGGAGUGUUCACUUUCUCGGCCCUCAGUGAAGAGCAAAUCGAUUGCACGGAACUAUUCAUCAAACACAAUUUGCAUUGCAUGAAAACGAUCAACGCCGGCAAUUCGCUGCUGAACUGGUGCACCAGCGCUCUCACCACGCUGGCCAAGUAUCGGAUCAAGUACGAGGAGUGCACCAUGCUUGGCCGUCCGCUGUACCUUCCGGUCACUAGCACCGAAGCCAACUCCGUCAAGUCCAUGUUUACCUUCAUGGAAUCGGACAUCUCUAACCUGCUGCUGGCCAUAUCGCUGCCGCUGGUCGAGCCACUGACACCGAAAAAAAUCACGCUACUCUCGCAGUGCGGCAUUUCGGCGCUCUACUGCGGUGUGCUGACGUCGACUGCAGCAAGCGUGCUCACCAUGGCAACGGCGGGCUCGCAAAAGUCGGCCUCCUCGGGACAGCUGCAACAGACGCAGGGACAAUCCGGUGGUGGUGGUGGCGGCAGCAGCGCCCAGUCGCAGAAGGAGGCCGAGGAGGAAGAAGACUUUGCCCGGGGCAUCGUGGACAAGGGAUUGGAAAUUUUCACCAAAAUCGGAGCCAUCUUGAAGUCUUCGACGCGCACGCACAUCUACCAGAACCACCUGUGCAUCGGCGCCUGGUUGCUGAUUUCCGGUAUCCAGGGAACGAUGGGUGCGUCGGGCAACACGAGCGGCCUGCAGCAGAUCGUGCCGGUAACGGCCAAAACUUCCGAAGAGAGCCUUAAAGGGCGCAGUCCGCUGAAAACGCUCGAUGUGCCGCAGGUAGCGUCGGCUCAACCGUCACCGGCGCUGCGGGUGAAUCUGUUCAAGGUGCAGCAAGGUUUCGGCGUGCUGAACGCGGCCAUCGCUCGCCACAGCAUUACGCUGCUGACGGAGCUGAUCGAUGACCUGAAGAUUGAUUCGCGCACGGACGAGGAAGAGUACAGCAGCAUCGAGUCGGCCGGCUUCGACAUCCUCGGACAGUACACCUCGAUCCAGCGCGUCGUCCGGGUGUUGAACAGUGCCACGCUGCAGCAACUGCUGACAUUCCUGGCCACCGUGUCGUAUCGUAAGGCGUGCACGCUUCGCCGAAUCAACACCAAAAGCACCAACGAGGGCGAACCGAUGAGCUACAGCGACUCGACGACGUACUUUAACGAUACGUUCUCGUGUUCGGAGGAAAGCGAACCGGAGGAAGAGGACAGCGACAGCUAUCUGGGGCUCUGGUUCAAGGAAACGCUUUCCCCCGAAGCCAACGAAGAGAUGACCGAGUCGCAGGAGCAGGAAAACAAGGAUGAAAAGGGGCGCCACGGCAGCAAUCUCGUGCCGGCCAAGGACGAACCGCACGAGUAUCUGUAUCUGGCGUCGCUGAUUUUCAACUUCUUCGACAACUCGCUGGGCGGGAACCACGUGUAUCUGAACCGGUACGUAAAGACGGGACUGAGCGAACAGCAGAUGGUGCUGAUGGCGAACAUCCUGCGCGAACUGGACCGUGACUCGACGCGCGGCGAGCAGGACAACUCGGGCUGCCUGCAGUGGCAGAACGCGAUGGUCAAAUUUUCCGGCUCCGUCGGCAAGUAUCUGCACAAUUUGAUUUCGAACUCGUUGCUGAACGAAUCGCUGCAAUCGGCUCUGCUGCUGCACCUGGGCGUUUCGCCGUGGACGCAGGACUCGAACGUGUGGCCCCUGCAGGUGUAUCCGCGCACGCUGGCCGUGCUCGUUCAGAUUCUGCUGCUGAAGCCCUCGCAAGAGAAGGAAGCGGCCUGCCUGUCGGUGUGGCACCGGCUGGUCAACACGCUCGUGGAGGGCAUCUGCACAACACCGGCCAUACCGAACGAGUCGGAAGUGGAGGACCUCAACGUGGAGCACGCACAGCUGCUGCUGUUUCUGUUCCACUCGCUCAAUCUGAUGCAGAAAAAGUCCAUCCUGCUGCUGACCGCGGGCGGCGUGAUUCGCUGCUCGGAGGUGUGCCGAAGCGUGACGCCGGAGAAGCCGUUGCGCGAUCACCAGAUCAUGCUGCUGUCCCGACUGUUGCUCUUUCUCGAGUAUCUCAUGAAGCACCUGUACAAUCCGCCGAAUGUGCUGCUCGAGCAGGUUCGCUGGAACCUGUUCAGUGUGUUUUCGCUCGACGGCGAGCAGAAGUUGGCCGAUCUGGUUAACUACAAAACCAAGCUGAUGUCAUUUUGCCGCAAGGAUAUCGAAGACAAGCACCGCAAGCUCGCGAACGAGUUCAUCGUUGGCGGCGUGAAACCCAAGUUCUACUCGCUCACCACGGUCGACGCCAAGGUGCAGCAGGAAUUCAAGCUGGACGGGUUGGCGUGGAACUUUAUCCUGUGCACGCCCGACAAGCUCAAGUAUCCGUGGCUGAUCGAUGCCCUGAUCGACAUCCUGGGCAUUGCGGACAUGUGCUUGGCGCGGAUCCCCUUCCAAACGCUGUGCGCCGUGCACUACUGUUUCAGUCUCUGCUGGAAGCUGCUGCUCGGGUUGCCCCCCUCGACGCAGCACGUCGAAGCGCUGAUGCAGGAGAGAACGCCCAAUCUGCACUCGUUGCUGUGGUCGAUCCGCUGUCUGCAUCCGAUCACCCAUUCGCACUACCUAAUCGUCAACAGUUUGGUGAAACAGGGCAUGUACACCCAAUCGGCCGAAGCCAUGUGGAAUCGACUCACGGAUCAUGUGUCCGAUGUGAAGUACAGCCUCAAGAUGACCGUGCUCGGACUGGAGAGCUUCGCGAAGAACUUUUCCGCCGACCAGCCGCGCCUCUCGCAGAUCAUUCUGCUUGACAGCCUGGUGUCGCAUCUGUACGCGAUCUGCUGGGCCGAGAAGGAAGGUGUGAACGUGAAAACGAGCAAAUCGACCGGCAGCGCAUCGUCCGCCGCAGGUGGCGCCGCAGGGUCCUCCAGCACUGCCUCGUCUUCGACCACAUCGAUUGGAGGGCAGGCAGCCGGAUCCAGCGAUCCGAUUGGAUCGUCCACCCAAACCGGUCAACCGUCGUUGGGUGAGAGUUGGUCACCUAUUGCAGCGGUCGCGGCCGAAGUGUUUCGGGCUGACUUGACCAAGGUGCUGAUGAACGCGCUGCUGGACGUGUUGGAGAUACUGCGCGUAGCAACAUAUGCAACGAUGUCCCAGAAUCUGAGCGGCCAGAUACCAGCCUGUUUGAUGGAGCCAUUGAUCGCGAUCGCUGGGUCCAAACAUUCGUUCUGCCCGGAGCUGGCCCAGCAACUGGUCGGGUGCAUCACGGGGCACGAUAAGGACGUCAUCACGGUCGAGUGGCGCAAGAGUCUGUCGGGCGUCAGCGAGGAUAACUUCACCAGCGGUUCGUUCCCGGUGGAGGUGCACACCCUGACGAUCGUCGAGGCGCACCUCACCGAGACCUCGAAGCAUCUGUCGUACUCGAUUCUGCUGUCGCUGAAGCACGCCUUCAAGUCGGCGAUCGAUCUGGUGUACUACAUGCUGCCAAACUACGACGACAACAAGCUGGACGAGCGCCUAAAGGAGCUCCUCAUACCGAUGGUGUUCGAUCUGCGGGCCGAGUAUUUGCACGAAUCCAUCAACCGCUGCCUCGAGUCGCUGCUCGGGGGUGACAGUAACAGCGAGGCGUACCAGCUGGCCGCGUUUUCGAACAUCCUGCGCCACAGUUACCAAUUUCUGAUCCAGUACACGGACCUGUGCGCCACGCGGCGGGCCACCAACAUCGACGAGUCGGUGCUGUGCAGCGUCCUCCGGUACUGGGAGACGCUGCUGGACACACCGAACGGCUUGCGGGCGAUGCGGGACUUUUUCUACGAAACCAAGGAUGGCGACCUGGUGCAGGUGCUGCUGUCCUUCACCGGGACCAGCAUUUCGCAGGCGUACUCGACGCACGUGCUGCAGUUCUUCGAGAAACUGUUCCAGGCCGCCGAAAAGCUGGAUGCCCCGUUCGACGAGGAAGAGUUGUGCAUCUGCAUUGCCGAGCUGGCCGUCACGGAGGGGUCGCGGCUGAAGAGCUGGCUCAGCCACAUUCUGCUCGGACCGGGCGGCAUCAGUCUGACGGCGAACGCGUCCAACAACUCGAGCAACGUUCCGACACCGACGAACAUGGCCACCGUGUCGGCAAUGGCCAGCAUAACGGAUCAGUUGGCAGCCGGAGGAGCGACAUCGGCCACGGCCGGUGGUAGCGGCCGGCCAGGAGGAACCUCGGAGACUGGGGCGGAAGGUGCGGCCCCGUCGAGCACCAUCGAUCCGGCGGCCGCCGAGCAGCAGCAGCAACAAGAUGCGAUGGACAUCGAUUACGAGUGCAUGACGAAGGGAGGGAGUGGCGGCUGGCAAGGUGCGGGCACCAGCAGUGGUGGCGGGGCCGUGGUGGACUGUGGCGAAAAGCCGCCGACGGACGAUGCAUCCGGCGAGGCUCUGGAGCGCAACGGAAUGUUGCUGCAAUCGUUGGUGAAGUACAUUGUGGCCGAGAACCGCAUCACGGCGUCCGUGUCCGAGGCGCUCUUUCAGGCACUCAUCCAGAUCGGGCACAAUCUGCUGGCCCCGAGCCAGGAAGCGAUCGUGUUUUCCGAUCUUCUGCUCGUGAUGAUCACGCUGGCCGAUGCGGGGAAGGGCCGCGGUCAUGCACUGUUGUUCGCGGCGGCCAUCGAGUGGUUGGACGUGUGCCGUGCCCAGGUGUUGGAAGGGGCCGGCAAGAGCGGUGCGGCUCCGGGCACGGGCUGGAAGGCGGCCAUUCAGUUUAACAACGUGACCGCCAUAUUGAUCUACAUGAACGAUCUGCUGCUGGGGCUUGGCGCGAAGGGAACGCGCAGCCUGGCGUUGACCUGGGACGAAGAUGGGUCGCCGCUCGACGCCGACGACCUGCUGGACGAGCUGGGGGGCGAAGAGGAGGACAGCACGCUGGAGGACUCGGACGAGGACAGCCUAGGCAACAAGCUGUGCACGUUCUCGAUCACGCAGAAGGACUUUAUGAACCAGCACUGGUACUACUGCCACACGUGCAAGAUGGUGGACGGUGUCGGUGUUUGUUCGGUGUGUGCCCGGGUUUGCCACAAGAACCACGACAUCAGCUACGCCAAGUACGGGAACUUUUUCUGCGACUGCGGUGCGAAGGAAGACGGCUCCUGCCAGGCGCUGAGUCGACGAAGCAACUCGUCCGGUGUCCACGGGGGCGAUGACUCGAUCCUCGGCUCCGGAUCGGCGGCAGCGCUGUUACCGCGGACAACCGACAGUGCGGACAGUGUGCUACUCACCGCUUCCGGUGCCCUCCGGCGGCUCCGGCGUCCUUCGAGCCCGGCGCACGAGGCGGGCGCCCCGGGAAGUAGCCGUGCGGUCGCCAGCUUCGCUUCGUCCGCCGCCGAGAAGGAACAGAAUCUGGCCAAGAUCAUUGAAUCGUCGCGCGAAGCGCUCAACAACCCGGCCCAAUGGAAGACGGUGGUGCAGUGCAUUCUGGCGUUCUUCAGCUCGCUCAUGCCCACGAUCAAGGAGCACUGUGCCCGCUACUCGCCGGUCGGCUGUCACUGGCGUGCGCGUAACGCGCUCGAGCGCCUCCAUCAGCCGGAAAAGUCGUACGUGCUGAGCGACGAGAUCAUGAUCGCAACGCUCGGCUCGCAGGAGGGCGCCUUCGAGAACGUGCGCAUGAACUACUCGGGCGAGCAGGGCCAAACGAUCAAGCAGCUCCUGUCGACGAACCUGGUGCGCCGGGUUGCCCUCUGCUGCCUUGCGUCACCCCACGGCAAGCGCCAACAGUUGGCGAUCUCGCACGAGAAGGGUAAGGUCACGAUCCUGCAGCUAUCGGCGCUGCUCAAGCAGGCCGACGCGGCCAAGCGCAAGCUUACGCUGACGCGCCUCGCAUCGGCGCCCGUCCCCUGCACGGUGCUGUCGCUCGCUUCGAACCCGGCCAACGAGGACUUUCUGGCCGUGUGCGGGCUCAAGGAGUGCCACAUACUGACGUUCACCAGCUCGGGCACGGCGAACGAUCACAUCGUGCUGACGCCGCAGCUCGAAACGGGCAACUUCAUCAAGCGCGCCAUUUGGCUGCCCGCGUCCCAGACCAAGCUGGCGCUCGUAACGGCCGAUUUCGUGAAGAUCUACGACCUGGCCGACGACAGCUACAGCCCGCAGUACUACUUCCUGGUGCCGAGCGGCAAGAUACGCGAUUGUACGUUCGUGUACGAUCAGGAUGGCACGUACUAUAUGCUGAUCAUGUCCUCACUCGGCUACAUCUACACGCAGCCGCUGAGCGACGAAAGUCUGGCCAAGCACGGCCCGUUCUACGUGACCAGCACGCUCGAGCUGGACCACCCGCUGAUCUCGGACGACAAUGGGCAGAUUCUGGCCGGCGGUGUGUCCAUCUACUACUCGCACGUGCUGCAGCUGCUGUUCUUCAGCUACGCGGCCGGCCGCAACUUUAUGGCGCCGCUCACGAACGUCAACGAGGGCGUCAAGUGUGUGAUCAAUCUGGUGUGCAAUCCGAGCUCGAAGCUGUUCUCGAAGGCGACCACCCAGCCGCUCUGCCAGUGGACGGAAAUCGCCGGCCACCCAGGGCUGGUGUGCGCGAUGAUGCAGAGCCUCAACAAUCCGGUCAUCUUCAUGAUCAAACCAGACGGCUACAUGGCGCAGGAAAUUAAGGCCCAGAAUGCCAAGGCCAAGAUCAUGGACAUGGUCGCCAUUCGGCACAGUGUGUCGGGCGUGGAGAAGACCACACUGAUUCUGCUGUGCGAGGACGGCAGCUUGCGUAUUUAUGCGGCCCACCCCGAGAACACGGGCUAUUGGUUGUCGCCCGAGGUGCAACCGAUCGGGCACACCCUGCAAUCGUUCGGCGGUGGCAGCGGUUCGGUGACGGCCGCGAAGCAACCUUCACGGUCGCGAUCGCGAAAAUCCACAAAAGCACCGGCGGCGGCCAGUGGUAGCAGUGCGACCGGUGGUGGCACCGGUGCCGCUGCCGGCGCUGCGUCCGCAAAUCGGACCGUAUCCGGUCCGGCUGGCGUACCGGCCGCGCCCGUGUUCCCGAUUGAUUUCUUCGAACAUUGCACCCUCAUGAACGACGUCGAGUACGGUGGGAACGAUCUGUUGCAGAUCUACAACACGCAGCACCUGAAGCAUCGCCUAAACUCAACCGGCCUGUACGUGACUUCGACCAAGGCGAACGGAUUCACGCUCGAUGUGAUGAACAAUGAUCAGAACAUGGUCAUCACGGGAGUUCGCAUUCAAAUCGGCUCCCAGGAUGUAACGAAGGCACCGCAGAGGGUUACGAUCCUCGGCCGAGCCGUGCCUACCGUGGCCACGCGGGCCCGCUGGUUCGAUUUGCCGCUAACGCGCGAAGAGAGCCUGCAGAGUGACAAGAAGCUGUGCAUUCAUCUGGGUCCGUCGGCCGACGCGGAGCACAUCACCAUCCUGGACAGUAUCAAGAUCUACGGCAAGACGAAGGAUGUGUUCGGUUGGCCGGAAGAGGCGGAGGAUGCGUCCAGUGGUACAGGGCUGAAUAACGGCGCGGCGGCUGUGGCGGCUGCGGUCGUCGGUACAUCCGCGCCCGGCAACAAUGGUGAACCGGCGACCGGUGUUGGCGGACUGUACAUGACGUCGCUCGACCGGAUGCUGUCGGGAAUGUUGCACGUGCUAGAGAGUGGGCUCUCGCUGCUCGGUGGACCGGUCGCCGAAGAAUCCGCCCGCCAGUCGGCGAUCGAUGUCGCGACCACACUGAUCCUGUACCCGACCGUCAACGUGCUGCAGCACGAUGCCCGCAACGUGCUGAUGACGUGCCACACGAGCAAAGUGGCGUACCACGCGUACAAGGAUCGCGAAAUUCUGAACUACAUCCACGAGCAGCUGAAGCAAAUGAUCGAAACGGUCGACAAUGGUGACGUCGAUCCGGAGGCGUACUAUCGGGCGGUGCUGAUGAUGCGCAGCAUCGCCAUCCAGCGGCCACACGCGAUGGCCAAGAUCUGUGCCGAGCACCGACUCCACAUAUUGUCACGGCUGGUGGUGCUCAUGAAGGAACUGUACCUCAUAACGCCCGCCUUCGAGGAACCGGUGGCGAUCGUCAAGCGAGGUCUGUGCCACGUAGAGGCGGUCAUUUACUCGCUGGUGGAGAUCGUGUACGCGUUUGCCCUGGCCGACCCCGAGCUCGUCGAGCGGAUGACCAAGUUCUUCGUAAGCCUGCUGCUCGAUCCGGCCCCCAUCAUCAGCCACAGCGCGAAACAGGCCAUGAUCCGGUUGCUGCGACCGAAGAUCAAGCGCCGCAAGGUGUUGAUCGAAAGUCCGCCCGUUUGCUCCACGCCGACCCCGUCGGCCAGUGCCAGUGGAGCCGGGGGACCAUCUUCGGCAGCGCCCGCGGCGGCGGUGGCUGCAGCUGCAGCAGCAGCAGGAGGUUCUUCUCGCGAACCCGUCGCCGGGCCAUCGUCGGGCAGCGGAUCGUCAGCGGUGGUAAAUGAAGAUUUUGGCGGUGGUGCCGCCGCCGCCGCCGCCGUGGGAGGAAUGGCGGUUGAGGUGGACGCUAUCGAAUCACUCGGUCUCGAACCGACCGCCGGAAACCAGGCGCUAGCCUCGCUCGAGGCACUGCUGGGCGUAGGGUUCCCACACCUGUUGGAAGCGUCCGAUACGGACGAUGACACGAUCAUGGAGAUCGCGAUCGCGCUCAGCCUGCAGGACAACGAGGUCGAUCUGCCGACGCUACAGCAAAGCAUCGCCGCGUACCAGGGUCGCAACAGCAACCGCAACAGUGGCUCCGUGGCGGGUGGCCAGAGUCUCGCGGCGGCCAUCGCCGGUGGUUCGUCGUUCAACGUCGAUUCGAACGCGUCCGGCGGUGGAUCGGAUGAUGACGAGCUAUCGAACGUGGCCACGGAAGGAUCGACGCUCCGCACAUCGCCGGCCGGUGAACACGCCGGAAGUGGUAGCGGAGGCUCGGAGAGUGGCUGCAGUGGAGUGGAAAGCAUCGGUGGCACUUCCGGUCGCAGCUCGACGUACGAAGAGCAACCGAAUCCGUCACCACCGCGCACUUCGGUGGUCGAUCCGCUUGCGGCGACCUCAUCCCAACCAUCGACCUCGUCGAAUGUGGCCUCGGCGGCCACCGCCGCCGCUGCCGCCGGCCCUUCUGCGGCUGCUCCGUCAACCGCCCCGGGCGUCGAGCAGGAGCCGGCUUCAUCCGAUGCCGCCAAUGAAAACGCCACGAAACUGCACGUGCUGCGCUACUCGAUCCUCAGCAAGCUGGUGGACAACUUUGCGUCACUCGACGGGGUCACGGGCGCGCAGUGCAUCCCGUUCAUGCAGGUAAUCCUGGUGCUGACGUCCGAUCUGGACGGCAGCCAGGAAGCCGACCAGCAGGUGCUGGCCCGGCUUCUGCAGGCGCUGAUCGAUCGGCUCGAGAUACCGACGACCAAGAUCUACCAGUUGGCCCACCGCACCCCGAAAACCGAGGUUCAGCUCGUCGUGCUGCGCCUGAUCGGUGUACUGAUGGGCAAAGUGAAGUCAAAGUCAUCUUCAUCGGCCGCUGCUGCAGCGGCUGCAGCUGCCGCCGCGGCAGGCGCUUCCACCUCCGUUAAUCAGGCCAUGCUGGACAACGCUUCGUUUGUGGCCCAAGCGACGGCGAAUGCGCUCAUGAAGAACAACGCCAUCCCGUACUGUCUGAUGAUCAUGGAAUCCUUUUUGCCGCACUGGAAGUCUUCGGCCACGGCGGUCACCGUCGACGAAGGGCUCGCUUCGACGGCAGCAAACGCCGCUGCUGCCGCCGCUGCUGCUGCUGCUGCCGCCGGGGCCAACGGUUCGGGAGGCAGUGCGAGCGGCGCCGGCUCCGGCUCCGGUGCGGCCGCUGGUGGCCCUUCAAACAUUCUGCUAAAGCCCACCCUGUACGGCAUCGCGCCCGACAUGCAGCCCUUCUUUACGCGCCCGUUCCCAAAGGGAUCGAGCGACGUGUUCGAGAUGUACGCCCAGGUGCUGACCGAGAUGGCGGUCCGGCUGCCGUACCAGAUCCUGAAGCUCUCGUCGGGCCACCCGUCAUCCCACGAGUGGUACCAUUCGCUGUGCGAGUACAUGACGGCCACGCUCUGCGAGUACAUGAUGUACAUGCAGUCGCCGGUCCUGCGCCGCCAGGUCCGCAAGCUGCUGCUGUACAUCUGCGGCAGCAAGGAAAAGUACCGCCAGUUGCGCGAUCUUCACUCGCUCGACACGCACAUGAAGGCGGUGAAAAAGUGCUGCGAAGUAGGCUCGAGCCCGGUUGCAACUGCCAACCACAGCACGCCGGCGCCGUCCACACCGAUCCUCGGGUACGACGCGCUGGUCGAGCUAACGGAGCACUUCCGCGCGUGCCAGGAGAUCGCUUCGAUCCGCACCGGGAACUGGCAAAAGUUCUGUGUCCGCAACGCCGACAUACUGUCGUCGCUGCUCAACAUUAGCUGCUGCCAGCUGGAGGAAGGUGUUUCGACGAUCAUCUUGCAACUGCUGCAGUCGGCCAUCUGCAACACCGCAGCCGUCGUGGUCGCCCCGGUUCCUUCAUUAGCAAAGUCCUCCGAUCCACUGGCCGCGGCAGGAAAGUCGUCCGCGGGGGGCGUUGUGGUGACGGUGAAGGAUCGCAAAGAUCGCGAUAAGUCGGAGGAGUCGGACACGAUGGUGGCACCAUCGGAGUCAAAGUUUGACCCGGCCCAGUGUGUGGCGCUGGUGGCCCAGAUCUUCAACCAGGUGGCACCGGCCGUGCUGAGCAAGUUCAUUCGCAGCUUCCUGCUGGAAACGAACUCGACCGCGAUCCGUUGGCAGGCCCACGCGCUCGUGUACGCGUUCUACGAGAACAGCGCCGAGCUGCACAAGGAAUCGCUGCUGCAGUGCCUGUGGGGCCUGUGGCCGUUGCUGCCGGCGUACGGGAAGCGGACGGCUCAGUUUGUCGAUCUGCUCGGCUUCCUGACGCUCAACACGCGCUCGCUAGCCGACCGGUUGCCCGAUUACACGGCGCAGGCCGUGUCCGUGUUGCGGCAACAGAACGAGCUACUGUCGCGCCACCCGAACGCCCCGAUCUACAGUGCGUUGGCACACGUGCUCGAGCUGGAGGGCUUCUACCUCGAGUCGGAGCCCUGUCUGGUGUGCAACAGCCCCGAGCUGCCGUUCGGCAACAUCAAGCUGUCGACGGUCAAGGUGGAUUCCAAGUUCACGACGACGACCACGAUCGUGAAGCUGGUGCAGAGCCACACGAUCUCUAAGAUCGUGCUGCGCAUCACGGACCUAAAGCGGGCCAAGAUGGUGCGCACGAUCAACAUCUACUACAACAACCGCACGGUGCAGGCGGUGGUGGAGCUCAAGAAUCGGCCGUCGAUGUGGCACAAGGCGCGCAAGGUUACGCUGCAGUCGGGCCAGACGGACGUGAAGAUCGACUUUUCGCUCCCGAUCACGGCCUGCAAUCUCAUGAUCGAGUACGCGGACUUUUACGAGACGGUGAGCGGCUCGAGCGAGAGCCUCCAGUGUCCGCGGUGUAGCGCGGUGGUCCCCGCGAACCCGGGCGUGUGCGGCAACUGUGGCGAGAACGUGUUCCAGUGCCACAAGUGCCGGGCCAUCAACUACGACGAGAAGGACCCGUUCCUGUGCCACUCGUGCGGGUUCUGCAAGUACGCCAAGUUCGACUACAGUAUCUACGGGCGGGCGUGCUGCGCCGUCGAUCCGAUCGAGUCAGCCGAAGAUCGGGCCAAAACCGUGCAGUCGAUCCACGCCUCGCUGGAGAAGGCGGACCGAUCGUACAAGGCACUGCAGAACAACAAGCAGAUCCUGGAGCUGCUCGUGCAGAAGGUGUCGGAGCACAAGCUCGAUCGGGCCCUGGACGAGUCGCUGAUCGGCGGAGCGUCGUCCGUCGGCAGUGGGGCGACCGUGGCGUCGCAGGUGAACCGCGUGAUCCAGUUGCUGGCCCAAAAGUACUGCGUCGAGUCGAAGUCGACGUUCGAGGAGCUGAGCAAGAUCAUCCAGAAGGUGCAGGCCUGUCGCAAGGAGCUGGUGGCGUACGAUCGCAGCCAGCAGGACGCUGUCCCGACGGCGACGGACGGCGGCGGCGUCGGUGCCGAUCGUCCGACGGUGGCCAUGAACAAGUGCUACGGCUGUGCCCUGGCGUCGACCGAACAGUGUCUGACGCUGUUGCGCGCGAUGGCCUCCAACAUGGCGUGCCGGGUGGGGCUGUGCAGCCAGGGGCUGGUGCAGGAACUGGCGACGAACAAUUUGCGACGCGGAACCACCCAGUUGCAGGACGAAGUGCGCCAGUUGCUGUGUCUGCUGACGCGCGAUCUGCCCGACGCCACCGGGGCGCUCUGUCGGCUGCUGCACGAUCGCGUCAAGAUGGCCCUCUCCGGCACGGUGCCCCUGGUGUCGCUCGAUGCGGCCGUACGGCACGAGAUGACCCUGCUGGAGUCAAUGGUCGGCCAGGAGGACAGCUGUUGGGAGAUGAAGCUGCGCACGGUGAUCGAGCUGUUUCUGCAGGCAUCGCGCGAUCCGCGCGGCCCCGCCACGGCCGUCAUCCACCCGUGUUUGCGCAUCGUGCAGUCGCUGAUCUGUCCACCGCUGGCGCGACCGAAGGAGACCACGGUUCAGCAACUGUGCACCGUGCACCCGACGGACGGGCUCACGCUGAGCUACGAGAAGUGGAUCGCGGGCGACACGAACCACACGUUUGCGGCCUGGAAAGCUCGGAUGCCUCCGGCGGCACCCAGGAAACCGGCGGCAGCGGCGGUCGCCAGUGCGACAGGAGGCACAUCCUCCUCGUCGUCUUCGUCGCCACCACCACCCCCAGCAGCAGCCCCAGCACAGUCCGCUCUCGGCGGGUUCCGAUCGGCCCUGGAGCAGCGGCGCAACGCCGUGCGGAAUGCGUAUCUGGUUGAAAAGUACGCCAAACGGUGGCGCCAACGAGCCCUCGCCAAGGGCGUCCCUCCGGCGCCGCUGGAACUGCAGGCGGCCACCUGGCUGCAGCCGAUCCUGUUCAACACCAACUCGCGGCUCGGUCGCACGAUGGCCUGCGCCCUGAUCGCGUCCCUGAGCCGUACGCCGGAGCGCAAGCGCGAGAUGCUCAAUCUGCUGACCGGCUUCCUGCGCUACGUCGGCGAAAGUGGCGAGGCGAGCGGCGAGUUCCUGACCGUCUACCGGCUGAUCGCGGACGAGUGCCCAUCGCGCCAGUACCUCGCGCUCAAGGGCGUCCUGCAGUUGCUGGUGCAGCUAGUGACGGUGGAGAUCGAAAAGAUCCACCGGCUCGAGGAGACCACACUCUCGACGGACCUGGCCCAGGGCUAUGCGCUCCGCCAGCUAGUGGAGCUGAUGGGCGUGUUCCUCGACAACGCGCAGAUCCGCAAGACGUACAAGGGUAAGCUGCUGGGGCCGGUGCUGCAGGGCUACCUGGAUCUGCGCAAGUUGAUCGUGCAGCGUACGCGCCUGAUCGACGAUGCGCAGGGUAAGCUGCUGGAGAUGCUGGAGGAAAUGACGACCGGGACGGAGGAGGAGACGGCCGCGUUCAUGGCGGUUUGCAUCGACACGGUGCGCCGCACGCCGACGAGCGACGUCAAGACGCCGGUCUUCAUGUUCGAGCGGCUCUGCUCGAUCAUCCACCCGGAGGAGAACGACGUGGGCGAGUUCUUCCUGACGCUCGAGAAGGACCCGCACCAGGAGGACUACCUGCAGGGCCGGAUGCUCGGCAACCCGUACCCCUCGAACGAGGCCGGCCUGGGUCCGCUGAUGCGCGACGUCAAGAACAAGAUCUGCAUCGACUGCGAGCUCGUGGCGCUGCUGGACGACGACAACGGGAUGGAGCUGCUGGUGCACAACAAGAUCAUUAGCCUCGAUCUGCCGGUCAAGGAGGUGUACAAGAAGGUGUGGCUGCAGGAGGGCGGCGAGCGGGACGCGAUGCGCAUCGUGUACCGGAUGCGCGGGCUCCUGGGCGACGCCACCGAGGAGUUCAUCGAGACGCUUAAUGCCAAGAGCCAGGAGGAGGUGGACAAUGAGCAGCUGUACCGCAUGGCCAACGUGCUGGCCGACUGCGGGGGGCUGAAGGUGAUGCUGGACCGCAUCGGCAGCCUGCAGAACGUGUCCAAGUCGCGCACGCUCCUGCAGGUGCUGCUGAAGCUGUUCUUGCUGAGCGUGAAGGUACGCCGCUGUCAGGAGGUUCUCUGUCAGCCGGAGCUGGGCGCCAUCAACACGCUCCUGAAGGUGCUCCAACUGUGUCUGCAGAGUGCCGAGAGCGACGCCCAGCAAUCGGCCGUCACGGAGCAGCUGCUCGAGAUCAUGGAGACGAUCCUGUCGAAGGCGGCAUCCGACACACUCGACUCGUUCCUGCAGUUUUCGCUCACGUUCGGUGGCCCCGAGUACGUGCAGGCGCUCCUCUCGUGCACCAACUGCGCCAACGUGCGCAACAAUCCGUCGGUGCUGCGGCACCUGAUCCGCGUGCUGGCCGCGCUCGUGUACGGCAACGACAUCAAGAUGGCGCUACUGUGCGAACACUUUCGCGUGGUGUUCGACUUCGAUCGGUUCGACGCCGAGCGGACGGCCGAGGAAGAGUUCAAGAUGGAGCUGUUCUGCGUGCUGACCACCGGCAUCGAGCACAACUCGAUCGGCGGUACGCUGAAGGACUACAUCAUGGGUCUGGGGAUCGUCGAUCGGGCCCUGGAGUACAUCCGGUCGCACGCGCCCUGUGUGAAGCCGACGCUGCUACGCACGGACUCGGACGAGCUGAAGGAGUUCAUUUCGCGCGCCUCGCUCAAGUACAUCCUGCGCGCCCUGACGGGGUUGGCCACGAAGCACGAGGCAACGCAGCUCGCCGUGGCCAAGGACAUCAUACCGAUCAUCCACCGGUUGGAGCAGGUCUCGAGCGACGAGCACGUGGGCUCGCUGGCGGAGAACCUGCUGGAGGCGCUCUGCACCGAGCUGGCCACGGCCAAGCGCGUGCAGGAGGUGCGCGAUUUCACGCGCGCCGAGAAGAAGCGGCUAGCGAUGGCCACGCGCGAGAAGCAACUGGACGCGCUCGGUAUGCGCACCAACGAGAAGGGGCAGGUGACGGCCAAGGGCGCCAUCCUAUCGCAGAUCGAGAAGCUGCGCGAGGAGACCGGCUUGGCGUGCUUCAUCUGCCGCGAGGGUUACGCGUGCCAGCCGAACAAGGUGCUCGGCAUCUACACCUUCACCAAGCGCGCCAACGUGGAGGAGUACGAAAUGAAGCAGAAGAAAACGAUCGGCUACACGACGGUGACGCACUUCAACGUGGUCCACGUGGACUGCCACAUGAACGCGAUCCGGCUGGCGCGAUCCCGCGAUGAGUGGGAAAGCGCCUCGCUGCAGAAUGCCAACACGCGCUGCAAUGGCCUUCUGCCGCUGUGGGGUCCGGACGUGAGCGAGUCCUCUUUCUCGUCCUCGAUGGCGCGCCACAACAACUACAUGCAGGAGUGUACGCAGCGCUGCGAGAUCACGUUCAGCAGCUCGAUGCACGAUCUGAAGCUGCUACUGUGGCGCUUCGCCCAGGAGAAGAGCUUCCACGAGGACGCCGGUGGCGGCGGUCCCCAGUCCAACAUGCACCUGGUGGCGUACCUGCUGUUCUACGGACUCUACACGCUGCUCUCGUCACGCUCGUACUCGCGCGAGGAGAUGUUUCUGAGCGCGUAUCUCCAGCAGCGCCCCUCGGAGCGGUGGCUCGAGGUUGCGUACGACGCCGAGGGCCCGAUCUAUCUGCUCACCAUGUCGCUGGCCCUGCACACGCCCGAACUGUGGGCUCGCUACAAGCUGGCGCACCUGCGGCGCCUCAUCGCCAUCGGUCACGCGCGCCACGUCAGCCCGAACUCGGUGUGCAAGUUCCUGGCACCGGCCGACAAACGCCCGAAGGACUACAGCGUCUACAAGCCGUACCUCAUGUUCUGGGCCCUCACGGAGCUCCUGUACCGGGACAGCUUCCGUGGGGUCGCCCCGCCCAAGGAGCUGGAGGACUGGCCCAUCUCGCUGUUCAACUACAUCCGCCGGAACGACGAGACGCUGCUCAAAUCGGCCGACAGCACGCUGCAAACGUUCGCCGAAGAGUACCUACCGUGCGCCUCGUUUGGCGAGUUCUGUGACGUGGCCGGUUUGCUCGGGGACAUCGACAACCCGGACGGGUGGAUGGAGGAGCUGCUUCAGGCUUUGCCGUCCCCAGGCGGGGGUUCGAGCAGCAGUGGCGCAGGCACCAGCAGCUCUAGUGGCACCGGUGCACCGGAAUAAAAGGGGCGCACUCUCGCGUACGGUCGAAAUCAUAAGCCCAGGUGCUUCGUCAAACGAAAUAAUCGCAAAAUUAUGUCUACGAAACAUUAUGAAAAUUACACACUUCUUCGUGCGAGCUUCAGCUCUCUCCCUUUCUUAGCUGCUGCACCGAUCGCACCGAUGGAGCGCUUUAACGCUGAAAUAUUUUAACCAUAACCAUGCGCUGUGUGGUGGGAACCUAUAGCAUAUUGUCAUAAACACUCAGCACUUAAUAAAUAU